GAACUCCAUACGCGACACGGAGGAGACCGGAACUCCUGUGUCGCGAAUGCGUGUUUCCGGAGGGAGUUUGAGCGCAGAGGCCUAGGAUGGUUACACUGAGAAAGCCGACUUCCGGCGUGGAGUUCUUUCACAGCGUUUGGGCGACUGAGCUUUCGAGCGAUGCGGCAGAAGUAUUACAUUGAAGCGGCUGCUCGGGGCCUGGUGGGAAGCUGCCCCGGCCAGGCCCGGUACCUCCUAUGGGCCUACAGUUCGACACACGAGGAUAACAGCACUUUUCAGGAAACAUGUCCACACUGCUUCCAAUUGUUGGUUCUGGAUAACUCUAGAGUGCGCCUCAAACCUAAAGCCAAAUUGACACCAAAGAUACAGAAACUUCUUAAUCGGGAAGCAAGAAAUGAUACACUCAGUUUUAAAGAAGCGAAGCUGUUGAGAAAGUAUAAAGACUCUACAAGUGUGCUGAACACCCACAUCUGGACAGGCAACACCCAUUUGCUCCUCAAGGAAUGGGAGCAAAAGAAAGAAACACUUCUCUCAACUAAAAGCACUGCUUAGUCAGAGUGCAUCUGACAAGAGCCCAAAGCUGGACUUCAGGCACUUCUUAUCUUCUCUAUGAAGAGAAUGACCUCUGAAAGAAAGAACUGUCUAUCUAGUACAGCUUUUGUCCCCACUUUGAUGUCUGAGCACAUGGAAACUAAGUCAAAAGCAAGCUGUUCUUGUCACCCUUCAGUGCUGUGGGAAGUGCCUCAUUAAACCAAGCCCCCUCGGCCUCCCUGGUGAAUGUGAAGACCAAAAAGUAAAUGACCAAAGGGAAAGGUACUGCUGCAGCCACGCCUACAGCUCUAUCUUAUCUCCAGUACCAACAGAGCAGAAGGAACCCCAGCCUACAGGUUGUUCUCUGAGCUCCACAUGAGUGCCUGCCUGCCCUGCAGCAGAUGAAUAAAUGUAAUAAACAGCUUUGAAAACUAAGACAGUUUUUAUGAUAAAGGUAUAAUGUGUACCGAAUGGUAGUAUUUAAUUUAGAUUUUGAAGUUUUAUUAUCAUUUCAGAAGGAAACAAGGUUUCUUCCAUGUAUAAAUAACUAUUUCUAAUAUAGAAAAAUCAAAUGUAUUUCCUCAGUCAUGUGCAUAACAAUAUUAGUAAACUAACUAUGAACAUUUUCCACAUUUUGAAAGAUAAACACCUGCCCCCUCCAUGCCCAUUCUAGAGAUUAAACUCGGGGGCCUUGCUUGCUGAGCAAGCACUGUACCAAGGGUUGGGCUAACAAGGGUUAAGCACUGCAGCAGUGAGCCAGGCCAGUCAUUCCUUAUGUGUCUACAAAGUUCACCCUGUUACUACUACUGAGCCUCUCCUGAUUUAGAUCAUGAAUUCUGAAAAAAAAAGGGAUUGUGCAGUGUGUUUUAGGAGUUGAGGUAAAGUGAAUCACUGGGGAGUUUUUCAGUGCACUGUUUCCUAGUCUUAAAGAACUUCAGUAAAAAAAUUUGAGCAUUAGUUUUGUUGGAUCUUUGGGAAAAUGAUAAGAUGUCUUCUUAGGAAGGUGUAAAAAAAUCCUAACACUUCUGAAAAUAGUUACUGAGGAAAUAUUUUUCUCCUUUUGCUAAUCAAAGUGCUCUUGUACAGUUUUAGGGAUCAUUAAAAAAUGAAGGACAAUUUUAAUUGGCAACACACAAAAAAAGGCCAUAUUUAAAAUAAUUUCCAAACUUUUAAAAAGCAAGACUUCUAGUGUGCUUUGUUGUCAUACUCACCCUCUGUCCACACAGUGCACCUGUGGAAUUAAGGCGAAGAUCAAAACAAGAAAAUCAAAUGGUAUUUUAAACCACUGAUGGUUUUUGGUAAUGCCUACAGCUUUAUAAGAAACUAAGUUCCUGAAAUGACAGAAAACAAACAUGGAGAAUUCUGGUCAUGAACUGACAAAAAUAGACCUCAUACACGUUUCAUUUCGUAUAUCACUUAUUUCAUAUUUCAUAACAACUAAAACUGUAGGCCUACUGUGCUGGUUUAUCUGAAAAAGUGAUUACUGCACUGACUGUUAAGGCGCUAAAACUACCCAGAGGGCUGCAAGUUUGACAGGUAAAAGCACUUGCUGAGACCUUCUGACCCAAGUUUAGUUCCUAGGACACACAUGGUGGAAGCAGAGGAACAACUCCUGCAAGCUAUCCCUUGACCUCCACACAACAACUGUGGUGUGUGCACAAGCACGUGAGGUCUGGAGAGCACUCGUUGCUCUCGGAGAGGACCCAGGUUUGCCACCACAUACAUGGGUGACUCACAACCAUCUGGGACUCUAGGCCCAAAUCAAAUCCCUGCCCUCUUCUGACCUCCCUGGGCUUCAGGCCUACAUGUAAUCCACAUACAUACAAGCAGGCAAACCAUUAAUAAACAUAAAUACAUCUAGGAAGGUCAUAAUGAAAAUACUUCCCCUAAAUUGUAAACACUUCUCUUAACUACUGUUACUUAAAUGGUAUGCUUUGAAGUGUGUACUAUUUAAAAAUGCUGUAACUCCAGCACUACACCUUAUUACUGAAAAUGUUGGUUAAGGGAACAUGGAGGAAAAAUGCAUGUUAAUGAACCAGUAAGCUCAGUCAUUGGAAGUUCGCUUUCGAUAGGUUCACAGUGGGGAGACUAGAUCUAUCAGGAAAGACUGUUUUAAAUCUACUGAUUUAAAAUGUUACUAUAGCUGUAAUUGUUCUGUCCCAUUAAUGGACAUAAAAAGAAGCAAAGAGGCAGGGGCUGACAACUGCAGCCUUCAGUCUUCCUAAGUGCUUGCAAAGGCAUGCAAACUAGCAGCUCAGUGAAAAAGCACCAGUGACAUUUGCUGCUAAUUUGGGCAUCCAUGUCCAAUAGACUAGGCUGUGAUGAACUGGCCAUAAAGCUCACCUGAGGCCAUACAAUACUCAAAUACUAGCUCAACAACAACACAAAGUGUUAACUGCAGCUCAGAUCCAAAACCACAACCACACCCAGGCUCCCCCUGUUUAUGGUAGUAUAGUGAAUAUGGUGAAAUUAUACAACAUUUAUAGCAUUUUAAAUGAUCAAAUAAUUUGGUCCCAACACUCAGGAAGACUGAAUUCAAGGUCAGCCUAAACUGUUAUAUAGUGAGACACUGUACCAACAAGCAAUAGAGUUCACUGAUAGAAGACAACUCAUGACAGUAUUAUUUGGGAAAAGCCAUAUAUUAAUGUAUGAUUCUUAAAAUACACCC